AUGGCAUUCCAAGAUCCAACUUACGACCAGAAUAAAAGCAGACACAUCAACAACAGUCACUUGCAAGGGCCAAACCAGGAAACAAUAGAAAUGAAAUCUAAACACGUAUCAUUCAAACCCUCUAGAGACUUCCAUACAAACGAUUACUCGAAUAACUACAUUCAUGGGAAGUCGCUACCGCAACAGCAUGUUACUAAUAUUGAGAAUAGGGUUGAUGGCUAUCCAAAACUUCAGAAAUUAUUUCAGGCGAAAGCUAAACAAAUAAAUCAAUUUGCCACUACGCCAUUUGGGUGUAAAAUCGGAAUAGAUUCCAUUGUUCCAACGUUGAAUCACUGGAUACAGAACGAAAAUUUGACUUUCGACGUGGUGAUGAUUGGCUGCUUAACAGAAAAUCAGUUUAUUUACCCAAUUUUAACCCAAUUGCCAUUGGAUAGAUUGAUCUCCAAACCAGGUUUCCUGUUCAUCUGGGCCAAUUCUCAAAAAAUCAAUGAACUUACUAAACUUUUGAAUAAUGAAAUAUGGGCUAAAAAGUUUAGAAGAAGUGAAGAAUUGGUUUUUGUUCCUAUUGACAAGAAAUCACCGUUUUAUCCAGGUUUAGAUCAGGACGAUGAAACGUUGAUGGAAAAAAUGCAAUGGCACUGUUGGAUGUGUAUCACAGGUACAGUAAGGAGGUCUACAGAUGGACAUCUUAUUCAUUGUAACGUAGACACUGACUUGAGUAUCGAAACGAAGGACACCACUAAUGGUGCUGUACCAUCCCAUUUGUAUCGUAUUGCAGAAAACUUCUCUACCGCGACUAGACGAUUACAUAUUAUUCCUGCAAGGACUGGUUACGAGACACCCGUCAAAGUAAGACCUGGCUGGGUUAUAGUGAGCCCAGAUGUUAUGUUGGAUAACUUCUCACCCAAGAGAUAUAAAGAAGAGAUAGCUAAUUUAGGUUCGAAUAUCCCAUUAAAAAAUGAGAUUGAGCUGUUAAGACCAAGAAGUCCAGUACAAAAAGCACAAUAA